AUGAUGAUGAUGUCUCUGAACGGUAAGCACGGGUUCACCAUGUCCCAUGCCAGCUUGCCCGAGCCCAAGUAUUCCAGUUUGCACUCCUCAUCGUCUUCCUCUUUGACUUCGAGCGCGCCUUCGUCCUCGUGUUCGUCUUCUAGACACAGCAGUACUAUCAUCAGCAGCAGCGGCGGCGGCAGCUCAGAGGCGAUGCGUCGAGCCUGUCUCCCAACCCCACCGACCAAUAUAUUUGGGGGUCUGGACGAGAGUUUGUUGGCCCGCGCAGAAGCUCUCGCAGCGGUGGAUAUAGUCUCUCAGACCAAGAGCCACCAUCACCCUCCCCAUCACAGUCCUUUCAAACCGGACGCUACGUACCACACCAUGAAUACUAUAGCCUGUUCUUCGUCUUCCUCCUCUGCGUCCUCCGUGCCUAUCUCUCAUCCUUCUGCUCUUGCUGGUCACCACCACCAUCACCAUCAUCACCACCAUCACCAGCCUCAUCAAGCUUUGGAAGGGGACCUCCUUGAUCACAUCACCCCGGGUCUGGCACUCGGGACCAUAGCAGGACCGGAUGGAUCUGUGGUUUCGACACCGGCGCACCCCGCACACAUGGCGGGCAUGAAUCAUAUGCACCAGGCUGCCCUUAACAUGGCCCAUGCACACGGCCUUUCCUCUCAUAUGGGCUGCAUGAGCGACGUGGACGCCGAUCCCAGGGACUUGGAAGCCUUCGCUGAAAGGUUUAAGCAACGAAGGAUCAAACUCGGAGUAACGCAGGCGGACGUGGGUUCAGCACUAGCUAACUUGAAGAUCCCCGGAGUGGGAUCCCUCAGCCAAAGCACUAUAUGCAGAUUCGAGUCCCUAACGCUGUCCCACAACAACAUGAUCGCUCUGAAGCCAAUCCUACAAGCCUGGUUGGAGGAGGCGGAAAAAUCUCACCGGGAGAAACUGAGCAAGCCGGAGCUCUUCAACGGCGCAGAGAAGAAGAGGAAACGCACCUCGAUAGCAGCUCCGGAGAAAAGGUCCUUAGAGGCGUACUUCGCCAUUCAGCCACGUCCAUCGUCCGAAAAAAUUGCAGCGAUUGCGGAGAAACUGGACCUUAAAAAGAACGUGGUGCGGGUUUGGUUUUGUAAUCAACGCCAAAAACAAAAACGGAUGAAGUACUCGGCAUGCAUCUAGCUUUUUUGCUGGGGUGCAAAAGUUAAGACGUUUAAAUGCCGUUUGGCACCGUUCAGAGCCGAAGAGGCUGUUUGAAUUACGUUUCUUA